AUGGAGAGGCAGCAGGCCCUGGCGGAGGCCGUGGUGAGGCAGAUGGACACCCACGAGCUGGUGGCGAUCGCGUCGGGGAGGUUCGGGUCCGGGGGAGGCCUGCUGUCGAGAGGAAGAGGCCGGGCGUCGCGCCGCUUCCAGCAGGCGGAGCAAACGGCGGGCGUGAGCCAGGAGACUCGGAUGUCGUUCGUGAAGCUGUCGGCGGGGAAACGGGGCCUCGCCCCGGCUCACGACGUGACCGCUCCGCCGCCGCCAUCGUCGGCAGUCGCCCGUUUGGCACCGUCGUCUUCGUCGCCGGACGACGAGCGCAAGAGCCAGCAAGCCGCGGACUGCAGCGGCUGCGCGUGGGCGGGUGGGGGGAGCAAGUCGCCGACCUUGUACUACGAGCGCUCCAAUCCCUUGUGUCGCAAGCCCUGUGUCGGGGUUGGCAGUAGUAGUCCAAGCUUGUCCUCUGCUAGGCCAAGGAGUUCCAAGCGAUUUUUUAUUGACGGGGGGGGCGGGGGGGGGGACGGCGGAGCGGCGGCAGCGGUGGCGGCGGCGGCGGCGGCAACGAGGGGGGUGUACUCGGAUAACUCGUGCUCGGUGUGUCUGGACGAUUACGAGGAGGGCGACGAGCUGCUGCAGGUGACGUGCGGACACGUGUUCCACCGGGCCUGCAUCGACCACUGGCUCAAGGCGCACCGCGUUUGUCCGUGCUGCAGAACCGACCUGGACAAACUAGCCCAGGUAGUUCAGCUCUUCCCCCAGAUCAGCAAGCGAUCCCUGCAGAACGCCCUCACUCGUGCCGAGGGAAACAUCGUGCUUGCCGUCGAGUUCCUCCUGACGCGGCCCGGCGGAGACGGCAGCACGCCCGACGCGGGAAGCGGCGGGGGCGACUCGAGAGGUGACGGCGGUCGAGAAGCCGUCGAGGUCUCCUCCUCCGCAGCAACGGCGGCGGCGACAGAGCACGACGAUGAUGAUGGUGAUGGUGAUGGUGAUGAUGGUGCGUGCCGAGGAGGAGGAGAAGAAGCGGGGAGGGGGAGGACAGCGGCAAGAAAGCCUCGGUGGGGCGGCGGCUACGUGGUUAGCCCCUACUCCGCCAUGGCGGCGCGCGGCGGCAACCCGGCGUUGCUGCGAUCCGGGGGGUUUCUACAAGGAGGAGGUCUUGGCCGCGGGGGCGGGGGCGGGGGCGGGUAUGGCAGCCAGGCCACGACCCCGCGAGCCUCGAUCGAUCCCCCGCUUGACGCAGAAGAGGGCGGCGACGAUGUCACGGAGGAGGAAGCGGUGGCUUCUACUCAGCAGCAGGUGUUGGAGACGGGUGUAGCUCGGGGGGGCAGCGCGGAGGGAGAACCCGAGUGCGCCGGCGGCGGGAUUAGAGCGGGGGAGGUCGGAGCGGCGGCGGGGGCGGCGGCGGCGGCCGUUGCGGCGGCGGUAAUGGCGGGGGCGGGAGCAGCCGGCGAAACGGCGCCACGGCCGCCGUCGGCGGCGGCGGUGAGGACGAUGUCGGCCCGCGUGCCCACCGGGGGUAUGGCCGGAGCUUUCGCGUGGCGGCGAAGGUCGGCGUCCUUGACGGCUGCUGCCGAUAAUGAGGCUCCGAAGGCUCACGGGGUGGACGAUGAUGAUGCCUGUAGUCCGUCGUCUCAAGGCUCGGGGUCGGGGUCUGUCCGACAGUAUAGCUCCCUUCCUUCGUAUGGGCGUUCCCGGAGCCCGCGAGGGUCUUUCUUGUCCUUUUCCACUCGGGAAGGCUCCUCGGUGGUGAUGGAGGAGGGCGGCGGCGACGGCAGUGGCAGCUGCGGCAGCAGCGGAUGCGGGUUUGGCCGCCUCGCGGCGGCGAACGCCUCGUUUCCGAUCGCGCGGACGCCGCCGACGUCAGGAAGCGGCGCGCGCGGGAUGGCGGCGGCGGCAGCGGCUGCGGUCGUGGGCGAUGGCCAAGGCGACUGCAUGAGGUAAAGCACAGGUGGGGUGUGCGAUAUGGUGCGUACGGUGCCUGUUCGUGGCCGGCGGCCCUGUGCCUGUUGGCUGGUCCCCGCCAGCAUUUUUUUUUUUUUGUUCCUGCUGUUGAGGGCAGUUUGUGGACACUUUGAUCGUGUGCUUGUGUGCUGAAUGAACUUUGACUGCUGUUGCCAAUUUCGAACGCUCACCGCGACCGACCGAGAUGCAGUCAAGCGUUCCUCCUUCAAGUCGAACGGAUGCCCCGCACACACACCCAUCACGAGAGUGUGGCCCUGUGGUUAGCCCCGCUGUAGUUUGGUGGCGGCCAGCCAACACAGGAGAACUGCUGCGUUUAUUUAGUCUUUGACUCAUUGUGUGCACCGUUGCGUUGUACUUGGUAGAGUACAUAGGAUGUGGACGGAACCUCGCCCACCCCGCGGUUCAAACGAAAUGAUUGCGGUGGAAAACCCGCGGAACGUUCUGCGGUGAGGAUGCAGUUUUUUUUGUGAAACCUCCCUUGAAGCUAUAAACGAAGAGCAGAGACUUCCAGAAGACGGGAGGGGGAGGCUACAGUAGCUGUCGCCUCUUUGGGCGCGGGAAGCCUGUAUGCCCGCCAUGGAAGGCUUUGGUGCUUAGCACUCGCGCGCGUUGCGAAUUGUCCCGCGAGAAUCGAUCCUUUGAUAUGUCGCAUGUAUCUACAACACCGAGAUAGAUGGGCUGCUUGUUGAUUUGGCGUGUCUACCGGGUUUUCUUGGUGUUUGAUGGUGAAUGACAUGUGUAGACGUGCUGAAUUGUUCUUGGUGGAACCUGGUACUUCCUAUAUGUUACCCGCUGUCUGCCUUCCCUUGUGAAGAGCUAGAUAUAUAUGCGUAUGUACAUGCGUUCUUUGCGUUUACGAGUGUGUAGUUGUGUCGACCAGGCGGGACAGCAAAAACAGCGUCUGGUAGAAUAUAGUAUAAUUGUUGUAGUUUCCUUGUUGUGUCGCAAAAUAAUCUCCUCGUUCCCUGCGCUGUAGUGCGGCACACAAACGGGAGAGUAUAGUAGGUGGUGUCUCCCCUCGCGUCGUGUGAGGUCCGAAACCGAGCUUUGUGGUCGGCGGUCUUUACACUCUUCCCGGA